CCAAAGCGGGCUACAAAUUUAUUUGAUUUGCUUCUCUUUUAGCCACUUUGAUAACUAUGGCAAGGAUGGGGAUAACACUUUUAGGAAGAGUUUGAAAUUGAUGCAUUUUGCAAGCUAUUUCAUCGCCUCUCCGCUCUCCGGCUCUCCCAAUUGAGGAAUCAUGCUGAGGAAACCCAACAAGAAGUCCUAUCGCCAAUGGUCUCUUCUUUCCAAUGUCUUACAAUUAGCCACUGAUAGCCACAACGCGCAAUGCCAACUCCAGCCAAUUCCCCAACCAAAGAAACCUGGCAAUCUACGUGCGUUCUUAAACUCCCAAAUCACACAAAGAGGAAGAGAAGGGAAUCUCAAUGAAGCCUGCUCUAUCUUUGACACCAUGCCCUUCCGUGAUGUCAUUUCCUGGACUGCCAUGCUAAUGGCUUAUGCUGAUAAUGGCGAGAUCUCCAAAGCACGUGAAGUGUUUGAACAAAUGCCAAAGAGAAAUGCUGCUUCAUGGAACGCCAUGAUCUCAGCCUAUGCAAGGGAUCCAAAGUUACUUGCGGAGUCUUAUGAGUUGUUCUCUGCAAUGCCUAACAAGAAUAGCGUUACCUAUGCUGCAAUGAUCACUGGUUUUUCCAGGGGAGGAAGGCUUUUACAGGCUGAAGAAGUAUACCGGAAGAUGCCACUACGUUUGCGGGAUCCGAUUGGUUCGAAUGCUUUGAUUAGUGGGUAUUUGAGAGUUGGUGAAAUUGAAAAGGCUGUUCAAGUUUUCAGAGGCAUGGUUUUCAGGGAUGUUUUUACUUGGAGCUCGAUGGUUGAUGGGUACUGGAAGAAUGGGAUGGUCUUGGAAGCAAGGCAGGCUUUUGAAGAAAUGCCGGUGAAGAAUGUAGUUUCUUGGACUGCUAUGAUACACGGUUAUGCUAAAAUUGGAGAUUUAGAAGAAAGUUUGCAGCUUUUCUCACAAAUGAGGAAGGAAAAUGUGAAUGCUAAUUCGACGACAUUUGCAAUUAUGCUUGAUGCUUGCGCUGAAUUUGGCAGAAGAAGAGAAGGGACUCAGAUUCAUGGUCUGGUGAUUGCAAUGGGUUUUGAGCAGGAUAUCUUUUUAGCCAAUACUUUGAUUGUCUUGUAUUAUAGGGUUGAUAACAUGGAUGAAGCCAGGAAAAUGUUUGAUGCCAUGAGCAGAAGGGAUGUGGUUUCUUGGAAUUCCUUAAUUAAUGGAUACGUAGAAAAGGAUAAAAUUGAAGAGGCCUAUGCACUUUUUGAUUCCAUGCCAGAGAAGGAUGUUAUUUCUUGGACUUCCAUAGUGAUGGGUUUCUCAAAAAGAGGGUGGACAGAGGAGUCAAUCAGUUUAUUUGAAUUGAUGCCUCAAAAAGAUGAUGUUAGUUGGACUGCCAUAAUUUCAGGCCUUGUACAUAAUGGAAAGCUUGAAAUUGCAUGCCAGUGGUUCAGUAAAAUGGUGAAAGAAGGGAUCAAACUCAAUCGUUUGGUAAUAAGUAGCAUGUUAAGUGCCUUGGCUAGUUUGGCAAUCUUAAAGGAAGGCAUGCAGAUACAUGCCUGUGUUGUGAAGAUGGGAUUAGAUUCUGAUAUAUUUAUACUCAGCUCUUUAAUCUCCAUGUACUCAAAAUGUGGAAAUCUCAGUGAAUCAUGCCAGAUUUUCUCUAGCAUCAGAACCUCAAAUAUUGUCACCAUUAACUCGAUGAUAACAGCAUUUGCACAACACGGUUUGGCACAAGAAGCAUUUGAUUUAUUUAGAAAGAUGCAGGAAGAUGGUUACAUGCCCAAUGAAAUCACAUUCCUUGCAAUACUCACAGUCUGUUCUCGUUCAGGUUUAGUUGAAGAAGGGAAUCGUUACUUCAAUUCUAUGAGGUCUGUUCAUGGCAUUGAACCAGGGCCUGAUCACUACACCUGCAUGGUUGAUCUGUUAGGCCGUGCUGGUCUCCUGCAUGAGGCAUUGAACUUGAUCAACUCCAUUCCUGAUGGCCCCCAUUCUGCAGCAUGGGGGGCUAUGCUCAGUGCUACUGAGCAGCAUUCAAAUUGCAAUUUGGCUAAGUUUGCAUCUCAAAAGUUUUUUGAGCUAGAACCAGAAAAUGCAACGCCAUAUGCAGUUUUGUCAAAAAUUUAUAGCACUGCUGGGCUAAAGGAGGAUGAGGAUGUGGUAAGAAGAGAAAAACAUUUUAGAGGUAUCAAGAAAAGCCCCGGUUGUAGUUGGAUAGCAAUGGAUAGUACUGAAAUCAAUGCUCCAGCUUAAUUGGUACAUCAUUGAUGUGCUUGUUCUAGGAAGUUUCUUUGUCAUCUUUCUACUGAAAGACAACGGGUGGAGAUGUCAUGCUUUUGGGCUCACACAAAGAGCUCUAAGGUCUGCGCCUCCAUUACAGAAACAAGCACUUGAAGCUGCUGGUAGAUCUUGAUUAAUGCGCCUGCAGAGAGGAAGAGCGCAUGAGAUAGACUUCCUGCAGUUCUUACUCGAAACAUACUGUGAUCUUGAAGAAGAUCAGAACUUUUUUCUCACCGGAGACUAAUUUGAGAUUCUGAAGACUACUGAAGAAUUCUGAAAUGUGUUUAUAGGCCUGGAACUACAGAAAAGCUCUGCAUUGAAACUGACGACUUUGUAUACUGCUUUCUUAUCAAAUCAAUCUUUCCUCCUAGGUAUGUUUCAGAUCCCUUAGCCAUGGUUCUAUUUGAUUGUCAACAAAAAUUCUGCCUGUGGAAUUGAAAUAUUAAACAGUUUGGUAAUUUAUAUGAAGAGUUCAUCAAAUUAUUAAGCUUGAAUUUUGUCAGGAUAGUGAAAGCAAAUAGUUAUUUAAUACUAUUGCCUUAAGUGAGAAAUAAACCAUCUCAUUUUUCUUCAAGAUGAGCUUUCUUGUUCUUAAGACCUUACUAGCAAUCAUUAAGCCCUGUCCAUGGAAGUGAAGGUUCUUUUAUUUGUACUGAUAAAUUGAUUUUAUGUAACACGUCUCUGGUUCGAUUAAUCUAACAUUAAUUAACUCAUGAUAGUACAAAAUUAUGUGGCCGUGGUUUUGCAACAUAUUGCAUCAAAUAUUAUAAUUGUGCAAAUAUAAGAUCGAUAAUUUUAUCAAAUAUUAUGAUCGUAACAAAUACAAAAUUAGUUAAUUUGAAAAAAUAUAUAUAUAUCUAUGAUUUUAUAUUGCAUUACAGUGGAUGUUUUCUAAUGUUUCAGAGGUCAUUUGAUAAAUAUUCAAGUAUGAAUGACAAGCGAGGUAGAUAUCAAAUUUUUUUGUAUAAGAGUUUAGAAAUAUAUUAGAUGAUUUGUUAGUUAUUGACUUGAUACUCAUGCACUAAGUAAAUAAUGAG